ACUUUUUUUCUUCUUCCUACCACAGUGAGGGGAGGGGAAACGAUAGAAGUUAGAAAAGAAGGAUUCCUGGUCUUUUACUUCCCCUUCCCCCGUUAAAAAAGCACUGGGGAAAGAGUGGAGGAGCGAAAAGUGGAUUGCACAAAAAAAAAAAGAAAAGAAAAAGAAAAACGGUUUCCAAUCCCGGACGCAUCGGCUUUUCUGUGGAUUAAUGUUGUCCUUAUUGAGUGGAUUUAUCGAUUGCUUGUAGUGGCUGGAUACGACAUUGUGGAAAAAAGUAGAAGCAUCCGAGUAGGUAGGAGUAGACGGAGGGAGCCAUGAGGAUCAUCUUGUGCUCCGUUGUGCUGCUGACCAUCUGGUCAGGUCAUGGAGUUCGACUGGAGGAGUCUAAAGGUGAGCGGUGUCCUUCCAUGCAGGUCGAAGACUGGAAGUUUCCUCAGACAGCCAGACACAACAUUACAGGUUUCAAUCUGGUGCGGCGCUUUUCCCUGAUGAAGAACAGCGAUGUGAAGAAGAUACGUAACCCGCGAGGGCCUGUCAUCCUACGCCUGGGAAAAGUUCGCCUCAUCCAGCCCACUGAUCAAGUGUUUCCACAUGGACUGCCCGAGGAGUUCACACUGGUCUUCACCCUGCUGUUGAAGGCCAAGGCUCUGAGGGAUAACAUCUACCUUUUCCAGAUAUCUGAUGAGCAAGGGUACCCACAGCUGUCGCUGGACCUGAACGGGCCGGAGGGCACGCUGGCACUGCGGUCCUAUGCCUCCUAUGCAGACGAGGAUGCCUCGACAGCAGGGUGUGUGUUCAGCGGAGAAGGUGUGGAGUCUCUGAUGGACCUGCGCUGGCACAAAGUAGCUCUGAGCGUGCAGAAGAACGCAGCAUCGCUACACGUAGACUGCGGCUCUAUCGAGACGAAGCCGCUGGAUGCUUGGGGUCACAUCCCGAUUACUGGACACACACUGAUGUUUAUGAGGGCCAGCAAUGCAGCUCCUGUCGAGAUGGACCUCCAGCAGGCCGUGGUGUACUGUGACCCAUCUUUGGCCAUCCAGGAAGCUUGCUGUGAAAUUCCAGGAGCCAGGUGCCCUCCAGAUGCCCCGAAGAGUCGCCGAGCGGCGGAGAAUCUGGUGGAAAUUCAACCCAACCCUUUCAGCCAGCCAAUCCAUGGAUCAAAGGAGUUGGCGGAAAAAUGCGCAGGCUGUGUGUUGAUCACUGAGGAUCAAAAUCUCGUCCAGGAAGGUGAAGCGGGUCAGCGUGGCCAGAAAGGAGAAAAAGGAGAGCGGUACGCAGAAGGAGUGAAGGGGGAGAAAGGAGAGAAAGGCGAGCCGGCUGCGACCGGAAACUGGGAGGCGGCUUUAGGAGUCAAGGGGAAUAAAGGGCAGAAAGGGGAGGUUGGAUCCCCAGGUCUUUCUGGAAGUCCGGGGAAAGAUGGUCGUGCCGGAACUAUUUGUAUCGUUGGUCCUAAAGGGCCGAAGGGAAACACAGGUUCUGUUGGUCCCGAGGGACUCGCAGGAGACCCAGGCCUACCAGGACCUCCUGGACCUCCUGGCGUCAGCACACCAGGAAAUCCUGGGAGCCCAGGAUUACCUGGAUCAAAGGGAGACAAAGGGGAUUCUGGGAUGCCCGGGGAGGAUGGCACGACAGGCGAUCCUGGUCCAAGAGGUCCAGGAGGUCCCAAAGGUGAAAAGGGAGAACCAUGUGAAGUUUGUCCAGUGUUGCCAAAGGAUACAAGUGGAACCACAGUCCUUCAGGGGAAGCCUGGUCCCAAAGGAGAACCCGGAGCACCAGGCGAAGGAGAGCAGGGUUUGCCUGGCUCUCCAGGGAAAGACGGAAACGCAGGAGAAAAGGGAGAGCGAGGCUUAGAGGGGCCCAAAGGGGAGAAGGGCGAGUCGUGUGCCAUGUGCUCAACGAAUGCCGGUACUACCCAACCUCAGCAUCUGCAGAUGAAGGGGGUUAAAGGGGAACCAGGAACUGGACAGAAUGGAGAGAAGGGAGAACCAGGGAAAACUGGAUCAAAGGGGGAAAAGGGUGAUGCAGGAGUCAAAGGCAGCGAUGGGAAAACUGGCAAGCCUGGUCCUAGAGGUCUAAGUGGCAAGGAUGGACAGAGAGGAGAAAAGGGAGAUGCUGGUCAGUCUGGAUUGCCAGGGACCAAAGGUGCAAAGGGGGACUCGUGUGGUGUGUGUUCAAAUUCCCCAUCUGAGAACGACGAAGAGGGACCUCAAGGCCCAAAAGGAGAUAAGGGUGAUCAGGGCUUGCAGGGAGAGCCUGGAGUUGGUGGAACACCAGGAUCUCCGGGACAGCCUGGGGAGAAUGGGAAAGAUGGACUCAAAGGACAGAAGGGCGACGCCUGUGACAGCUGUCCAACACUUCCUGUGGAUAGGGGCGAUGUUGUGGGCUUACCUGGAUCCAAGGGAGAGAAGGGAGACGCAGGUGAACCAGGCAUGGGGAAAGCUGGGAAGAAAGGUGACCAAGGGCUGAGAGGUGUUCCCGGACCUACAGGUCCAUCAGGACCUCAUGGACCUCCUGGGAUUAUAGGACCAGUUGGACAAAAGGGUUCGAAAGGAGAAAUGGGACCGGCAGGACCUCAGGGGCCAAUCGGCAUCAGCGUAGCAGGACCUCCGGGUAGAGAUGGUUUCCCUGGCCCUCAAGGAAUCCCAGGAGAAGACGGAGCACCGGGAGCUGUCGGACCCAGGGGUGACAAGGGAGAACCAGGAGAAUGCAACUGUGUGCCGUAUACAAAUCUUCAACCCGGAAGACCUGGUGUCCCUGGUGGUGGUCCCUCGGUCCCGUGGCAGCCUGGUCCUCAGGGGCCUCCAGGACCUCCAGGUCCACCAGGACCUCCAGGGCCCCAAGGAUUCACAGGGCAUCCAGGCCCAAAGGGUCACCCUGGCAAUGAUGGCUUACCAGGGCAACCGGGUCCGCCCGGCACAGCAAUUCCAAUAGAUCCGGAUUCUUCCAAUAACAAAAAGGAUUGUGCCGACUGUGCCAAAGGUCUGCCUGGCGUACCUGGGGUACCUGACACUAAGCCGGACAAGAGGGAUCAUGGCAAGCCUGGUGUUAUUUCUUCAGAUGGAUGUGAGAAGUGUCUCGAGAGGCUGCAGGAGGAGGAACCGCAGAGGCCUAAUACCAACAGCGGCCCUUGCCCAGGUGUGCCAGGGUCACCGGGCAUUCCAGGGCAACCCGGGAUCAAAGGAGACCCGGGUGACAGGGGUGACAGGGGUCCUUCUGGUCUUCCUGGAUCUCCAGGUACUAUUGGUUUCCCUGGACCUCCAGGCCCACCUGGACUCCCUGGUCUGCAAGGUGAGAGUGGACAACAUGGAACUCCAGGACAGAAAGGAGAACAGGGUCCACCAGGAACUCCUGGAUACCCAGGAACAAUGGGACCACCUGGACUUCCUGGGCUUAAAGGAGAACGAGGAAGCCCAGGCAGCUCAGGGCAGAAAGGAGAAUCAGGCCCCCCAGGAUUUCCAGGUCAUCAGGGACCACAAGGCCCACCUGGUACCAAAGGAGACUCAGGAUUGACAGGACCCAUAGGACCAAAGGGAGAUCAGGGAUUCGCAGGACCCCCAGGAUUCCCAGGACAGCAGGGACCCCCAGGAACUCCAGGAAAAAUCGGUCCUACCGGACCACCAGGACCAAAGGCAGAUUCGGGAACUCCAGGACUUCAGGGUCCACAGGGACCUACAGGCCCUCCGGGACCACCUGGAGGCCCAGGAUUGCAGGGUGCACCUGGAAUGGAAGGACUUGAUGGGAAAGAUGGCAAACCAGGGAUGAGGGGUGAUCCGGGUAUACCUGGCCCAAUCGGCCCUAGGGGAAUCCCGGGAUUCAAGGGCAUAAAAGGACAUACAGGCCUGCCAGGACUAAAAGGAGAGGUUGGACCUCAAGGCUUACCCGGAGCAGCAGGAAGGCCAGGACUUGAGGGUGACCCUGGUCCACCAGGACCACAAGGACCACCUGGUUCUCCGGGACAUUUGGGUUCGACAGGUCCCGCAGGUCCCCCAGGACCAGCUGGAGCUCCCGGCACGGGUAUUCAAGGUGACAAGGGGGAGGCCGGAGAAAGAGGACUGCCAGGAAUGCCUGGGUCUCCGGGGGCUCCUGGGCAUCCAGGACAGAUGGGAGAACCAGGCAGUGAUGGUGCAGCAGGAAAAGAUGGAACACCAGGUGUGUCAGGAGAAACCGGUCCACAAGGGCAGAAGGGUGAGGCAGGAAGUCCAGGCCUGAGAGGUCCACCAGGAGAACGGGGUCGUCCUGGACCCCCUGGAGGUGCAGGAUAUUCCUCCAAAGACUCUGAAAUGAGUAUAAUGGGACCUAUGGGCCCUCGUGGAGAGAGAGGAAGCCCUGGAGCACCUGGACAGUCCGGACCUCCUGGAUCACCGGGAAUGCCAGGAAACGAUGCUGUUGUCAACUAUGAUGAGGUCAGGUCUUUCAUCAGACAGCAGGUCAUCAAGAUCUUUGACGAGCGAAUGGCCUAUUACAUGUCGCGCAUGCAGAUGCCAGUGGAAAUGGUAGCACCCCCGGGCAGACCCGGACCCCCAGGCAAAGACGGCACUCCGGGAAGAGUGGGAACUCCAGGGCUUCCGGGUCGUCCGGGACACAUCGGCCGAGAGGGACGACAAGGACCUAUGGGCCCUCAGGGUCCUCCAGGUACCAAGGGAGAAAAAGGAGAUAAAGGUAUAGGAGAGAUGGGAGACAGUGGACCCCCUGGUGCUCCAGGUGUUCCUGGACCCGCUGGUUAUGGAAAAAUGGGACCACCAGGCCCGACAGGUCAACAGGGCAUCCCUGGCAUUCCUGGACCACAAGGGCCCCCUGGAUCAAAGGGAAAAGAUGGCCGCUGCCAUCCAUCUGACUGCAUGAGUGGACCUGUGGAUUACAGUCCAAAGGGCCCGCAAAUGAAAGGGCCCAUGUACUAGAGAGAGUAUCUGAGAAUGAGACAAGAGCCAAAGACCAACAAUACCAAAUCUGCCUUAUCAAUGCCUUUGAUGUGAUCCACGGGGAACCAGUGGAACUAAAGGGCAUUUCUGUUAAUAUAGUGAUGGCUGGGCCAGAUUGGUUCAUAAGCUAUUUUAAAAGGGUACCCAUUGCCAAAAUAUUCCCUGCGGCCACUAGUGCUAAGGCUAGUGUGUAUCCACUCUCUGAUUUCAACUUUCUCUUUGCAGAUGCUUGACUGAAAACUCCUGGAUUAAGGACCUUAAGCACAAAGAACUUUUCCCCUUCUGGACAAUCACUACCUUAAACAUAUUAUCCUUGGUUCGCUGGCCAUAAUGGUGCUGUCUCUUUAAGCUCAGCUAUGAAGCCGGUUUCACACUGCUCCCAGAAAAUUUACAGCUGUGAUUUUAAACACAUUAUCUCCGGUGCGACGCGCACAAGAUCAUCCGAAGUUCAAGCGCUUUCAACUUCCGCGUGGCGCUUUUGCUGCGCGCGGCCAUUAGCCGGGCAGGAGGCAUGGUAUUUUGCUUGGAGAAAGAUGGAAGAACUAAUAAAAAAUUUUCUUCCUUCUUCUCUCCAGAGAGCUGCAUCCACUUUUGUGCCCAACCUGCCGCAACACUAUCCAUUUGUCACGACUGCAUCCACCACACACAUACACACACACACACAAAACACAGUGUGAAACCAGCUUGGUUCUUUUUUAGCCAAUGUUUACUUUUUGCACCAUAUUUUUGAUACUGAAAUGCUUUCGCAAAUCAUUAACCAGGUUUUUGUUGGGUUUUCAUGGCAGCUGCUGACGUUCUCGCUAUUUUUGUUUCAUCCUAACACCCCAAACAGUAAUCGAUCUUAAAUUUGGACCAAAUGUUGCAUUCUGUUUAAAAACUUGCCACUCUCCUAGCACUAUGAUGUAGCUUGGUGGAAAGGUAUAAAUAGGAUAUAAUUAUUCAUGUUUCCUCUGAGGCCUUGUGUUGUACAUAUUUGUAUUUAUAUGUCAUGGCUUUUUAUAAUACAUUUAAUAGAUCAGCGUCAGGAUUCCAGUCCUUAUUUUUGAAUCGUCAUCUCGGAUAUUGUGGUAUUUGUAAUAGCGCUAGGAAAUAAAGAAAAAUGAGAUUUUUGUAAAUUGGUUGAAUUUAUAUAAAUAAAAGUUCAUUUUAAGUCAGAUUUCAUACUUUGGAAACCAUCCUAUUUAUUUAAGUCUUAUGUCAGGGCUCUCUCUCUCUCUCUCUCUCUCUCUCUCUACGACCGCGUACUUCGCCAUUUCAGACCUCCACUUAAUAUAUCUUUUAGACUUGAAAUUAUUAUUAUUAUUUUUUUUUAAGCGUCAAUCGCUUUCAGCUAAAACGUAAUGUUGAUUCUGGAACAAUUCUCUUUCGACAUGUUCUCAUCGUUCUCAUCAAAUUUCCUCCGCUCCUCAUCAUCCAUCAUGAGAAAGCCAGGUGCUUCACUAUCAUCUACGGUUUAGUGUUUUCAUCCCACAAUAUAAAAGCUUUUCUGAUCCCAUGCCGUUUAGCACACUGCAGUGUCAGCCAGGCUCCAACGAGAUAAGUUUACCAUCAGCACUUUAUCCCGUCUGCCAGACCUCCACAAAGUGUUUCUAUAUCUAUACUUGUAUAUGUACCUAUCAGAUGGCCAGACAUCCUCACAUUCCGUAUGUAGUUCAAUAACUAAAGUAGCCAUUUAUUAGGUUUGUUAAGCUUCUCCUGCCUUCAAAUAUGUAAUGUAAUUUUGCAUGUUUCAUUUUUAGGACCAGUAAAAGAGAAAGGUCACAUGAGUGUGAGUCAUGGUCCUUACAAGUACAGUGAUACAGGAAUUUGUGUUUGUGUGUGCUUGCAUGGUUUAUCGGAUUUUCUCAGACCUGGGACUAACUUAUGUUCAAAUAAAACAUAGAAAUGAAUGCAUAGUGCAAUUUUUAAUCUUUUAUAUCUUUAAUGCCACCAUGCACUUUGUACUUUUCAUUCAUUUGUUGAAUCUCAGUAAAAUUCAAGCGCUGGUCACUUUUACAUUGUUAUGGCCACUAAAGUCUUUUAAAUGACAGUAAAUUGUUGCCGUUUGUCCUUUCAUUUUAAACGCUUUAUAAUAGCCUACUAAAAAGCUUUUUUUUUAAAAUGCCACCAUUACAUAUAGAUCCAUUUGUGUCAUUAAUGUGUUAGCUGUUUUGUGCAAUUUUUUUUUUUUAACAAAACGCAAUAAAGUUCUUUUUUUAAAGCA